GCUGCAUUUCUUGGCAUUUUUAGGGGUUUCCCUCGCUCCCGCCUCUACCGUACGGUAAAUCAAAGUCCCCAUUUUCCCUUGGCGACCAGCGCAUGGAGAUGGAGUUGCUAUUGGUCAAGGGUCUCAAGGUUUUGGCGCAAAGGAUAUGCUGCUCAACCACAAGUCAGAGGAAGUUUGACGUUCAAGGAACUCGAGUUGAUUGGCGUUUUCUAGCAAACACCUAAUAUGCAAUAAACGAUUCUGUGCUUGGGUAAGCAUAGCGCAGAAAUUAACAGGGAAACUCGAUAAACGGUGCUGCCAUUUCCUCCGUGAAGCUCUUGCACGAAUCUCGUCGUCAUCAUCUCAUUCCUCGCCGAAUUAACUAACCAUCUGUACCCCAUGUGUUCCAUAAGCUCGAUGAUGGAACGCAUUUGGCGCUACGCGUCCCGAAGCCGUAGUGUUGAAAAUAGCGCCCCACCCUUACUAGCUACUAUUACCCUUGAUGAUAUUGCUAACGGCCUGGAUGAGAACCGGUUCACCUCGGUCGACUUAGUACAAGCUUACAUAGCGCGUAUCAACGAAGUCAAUCGCGAUGUCAAUGCCGUGUUAGAGAUAAACCCCGAUGCUAUCACCAUCGCCCACGACCUUGAUAAUGAGCGUAGAUGCCAGGGUAGACGUGGACCUCUACACGGCGUUCCCAUCCUCCUCAAAGACAACAUCUUUACUCUCGAUCGCAUGAAUACCUCAGCUGGAUCAUACGCUCUAUUGGGAUCCAAAGUAGUCAGAGAGGGAACUGUGGUCGAGCGGCUGCGGUCUGCUGGGGCUAUACUACUAGGAAAGACAAAUCUCUCCGAAUGGUCUAACUUUAGGUCCAAACAAGCUACCGAUGGUUGGAGCGCCAGAGGUGGCCAGACAUAUGCUCCUUUCGUUCCGUUACAAGCGCCAGAGGGAAGCAGCAGCGGCUCCGCUGUCUCGACGAUUCUUGGUCUUGCAGCCGUAUCACUGGGCACCGAGACGGAUGGCAGUAUUGUCGGUCCCUCCAAGAAGAAUAGCGUCGUUGGAUUUCGUACCACGACUGGCCUGGUACCUCGCGAUGGUGUCAUUCCCUUAUCAGACAGGCAGGAUACCGUCGGUCCCAUAGCUCGAACUGUGAAGGAUGCAGUCUACAUUCUCUCCGUAAUAGCCGGUCCAAGUGAUUACGAUAAUGUCACGUCGUCCUUUCCGUUUGCUCAAGUCCCAGACUAUUUGGCUUAUUGCCGAGACACAAAUCUGACAGGCAUCCGUCUGGGUGUGCCAAGGAGUUCGAUUGCCUCAAAAGACCCAUAUGUUUUAGAGACUUUUGAACGAGCUCUCCAGUGUCUUAGAAACGCAGGGGCAAGUGUUGUGGACAAUGUCAAGUUUCGUUCUGAGCAUGAAUGGAUGGAUUGGGAUCUGUCAGAGAGGAAACGUCCUCUCGAAGCCGAGUUCAAGGCGUCCAUUGAGAGAUGGUGUGGAGCGUUGGUAAAGAACCCUCACAACAUCACAAAUGUUGCCGACAUUAUACAAUUCAUUGAAAGUGAGCCGCGGGAGCUAUCCUCGGAAAGAGAUGUCGGGCGAUUGAUUUCAUCUAGAGAUUCCCCUGGCAUUGAUGCCGAAGUCACUCAAGCCGCUCUUGAGAAGAUGCUCAGGUGCUCUGGAAAGGAUGGAAUCUUAGGCGCUUUAGAGGACUACAACGUCGACGCAUUGGUAUUCCCAAAUGAGUAUAAUCUCCCGUCGACCUUUGCUGCUCGAGCCGGAAUGCCUGUCUUCGCCUUGCCGCUGGGAUUUUACCCAGAGGGAACGCAGUCGCAAGAGACCGAAGUUGGUCAUCAAGUGGAGGUAGCACCAAAUGUCCCAUUCGGAUUACUGUUCACCGCUGAGCACUACUCUGAAACAAAAUUGAUCCGGCUCGCAUAUGCGUUCGAACAACUUUGGUCAUUGAAUCAUCUACCAAAACCAUAUAUCCAACCGAAAACUGAGCUCAAGAACGUUAUCGCGCGGCGCAAUCGUGUAGAUAGUCGUUUAUAACGGGGUUUUACAGACAGUAAAGUCUAUUGCACAUGUCAUUUCUCACGGAGAUGACGGAUAAUUUUGAAAGUAAAUUAGCGCCACCUUCGGCGCGUUCAGCGCGCGUAGCAUGUUCUGAA